AUCUCUGUUUCUACUAGAUUGCUUAGUUCCGUGUCAUCUUUGAAGAUAGAUCUGGCAGCUGCCACCCGGCCCCUCUCCAGCAAGUACUCCUUAGCAACACUGCUCAGACUCCUGUCCGCUGGCUCCCCGAAGGGCAUCUCGAUUGCCACCUCAGAGGUUACAAACCCGAUCGCAAUGAGCUGGAUCCAUUCAGAUAGCCACAGAGAAGUUGGCGGCUCCAUGAACCCUGCAAAGAAACACAGUAUGGGGCUCCACUCAGAGUCAGCUGUGAUUGGUGAAGGGGAAGACUAUUUCCUUUCACUGUUUGGCCAUUCAGAGAAAAUGUCUGCACACCCAUUACCCAGCAAGAAAAGGUGGAAGCACUUCUCUACAAUUCUGGAAGACCUGGGCCAAACUAGACGCAGUGCUCUUGGAGACGUUAAAAUAGCGGAAGUGAAUAACAAGGGUUUGUUUGUGAAGCUCGUUAACUCUUCCCUAGAUAAAGAGCUGGAAAUCGGAAGUCACAUUCUCCAGCAAAAAGUGAAAGGACAGACAGUCUCUCUCUACCAGUUCAUUCCCAAUGUCAUCAUGCAGGCCCAGGCCACGGUCACGGUGUGGGCAGCAGCCUCAGAAGCCAAUCAUCAGCCACCUUCGGACUUUCUGUGGAAGGAGCAAGAGACGUUUAGAACAAGCCCGAACUGCACAACGAUCCUGUGUCAACCUAACGGUGAAGCUGUAGCCUGGUACACUCCUGUUCACUGGCAACAAGCAUGGGAGAAAUUAGAGACGGACGUUGAAUUUGAUCGAAACUUAGGAUCAAAUGUGACAUCAAAAAGGCGCAUAUUUCAGUGGCCCAAAGCUGCAAGUGUAGUUUCCAGAGAAACAGAAGAUUGGUGUGACAAAUGCCCUGUGCUGUGUCAGGUUAAACAGAUGACUCGGGCUUCUCUUGUGAGAGAGCAGGAGCCGCCACCACUGCUGUUCCCCCACCGCAGCCCCUGGUGCCACAGCUGCGGCUGCUCUCCACACCCCUACUGUUCCCUGCUAGAGUGUGGCGAAGAUUCUGGGAGACAGGCCCACAGAUAG